AUGGCUCAAGCUGCUCAUCAUGAGACCCAGUGCCUGAAAGCUGGGGUAAUAAAUUUAAAGUUAAUGGAUGUUCUCCUUGAUUGUGAUGACAACCUUUCACUUCUCUGGGAACUCAUCUCAGGGUAAUAUUCGACGAGUAGUUCCAGAGUCUUUUCGUCGCGAGAUAUUCAACCUGAUAUAUAAUCUUUCCCAUCCAGGCGCUAGAUCCACAUGUAAGCUCGUCGGCACCCCCUGUGGAACGGUCUCAAUCGUGAUGUUCGACGCUGGACUCAAACUUGCAAUGCUUGCCAGCAAUCCAAAAUUCAUCGUCAUACUACAGCGCCGCUCCAGAAGUUCGAUAUCCCAGACCAUCGUUUCGCUGAGAUUCAUGUUGACAUUGUCGGCCCACUUCCGCUGUCACGAGGGUUCAGCUAUCUGUUCACAUGCAUUGAUCACUACACCCGAUGGACUGAGGCUAUUCCGAUGGUCGACAUGACAGCGGAAAGCUGUGCACUUGCUCUGUUACAUGGUUGGGAAUCACGGUUUGGCCUACCCAGGAGGAUAAUGUCGGAUCGUGUCCGGCAAUUUUAAUCCAACCUCUGGGCAUCUGUCAUUUUUCUUUUCGGGAUGCAAUGCACCAGCAACGUUCUGUUCCCCCACGAAACCACGGUUUGCGUCCAUCUUAGGCACGAUGCAGUCAAAAGUCCGUUGCAACAACCCUACGACGGCCCAUUCCUAGUCAUCCAACGCAAUGGCAAGUUCUUUACCCUCAACAAGAAUGGUUGUCGUGAUAUAGUCUCUAUCGACAGGCUCAAGCCAGCAAUCCUUGAGAAAAUGGACGACCCUCCUCUCAAGCCAACCGCACAUCCCAUGACACCUGUUCCUUCCGAUACAAUUGAACCACCCUUGCCAACGGUACUGCCAACACCAUCGUUAACGACACGUUCUGGUCACACGGUACACUUACCAAGACGUUAA